AUGAGUUGCAUUCAGGGUUCCAGUUUGGUAAUUCUAGCGCUGUUCUCGCUCGCCCUAGUGGAGGGAAGGGAUACGGAAAGACUUGUCAAACGACAAACGGAACAGAAGUGCUCUACCGUCACUCUCAACAUCGACCGCAUUGCAGCCGAAUGCGAAAAGAGCACCACAGCCUGUCUCACAGAGUCUCAGAAUAGCAUCGGCACUGUAUCUUUCAUCCAGGGCUUGAUAUGCCCCGCGACUAAGCUAGCAAGAGAGCUAUUUUACGAUGUACUGGUGGGCUGCACCUCCCAGAGCAACGCGGACAUCGUCUACGCGGGACUCUGCGGCAACGUGACAAUGGACGACGGCGAAAUGCGCCCUUGCACUAAUGCCGUUUUACGCUUGAACGAUGGGUCAGCUGCCAAGACGGCCUGCUGUGAAGGUACGGAGACGGAGUUCGGCUCGGGCUCGCAGUGCGCCAGCGAGCUGCGCAGGCUCACGGAGGACGUCGGGUGCUGCACGGCCGCCGCACCCCUCCAUUACUUUUUCCUCAGCUGCAAAGUGGACGGCAACACGGGUUUGGACGCUCUCCUGGGGGCGACUGGAGUGGGGCGGCCGGAGCUCUGCAACUACACUCUGUACGAGCCUGGAGGGGCGGACCGUGUCUCCGGGUCUUUAGCGACAUACCCAAUAAUUGGCCUACUGGUCGCACUGGCCGUUUGUGCUGGUUCAUUUAGCUAG